GCCAAUUGUGCGCCGCCCUAUGGGACUCCCAAUCACGGCCGGUUGUGAUACACCCUGGAUUCGAACCACUGUCUGCAGUGACGCAUCUAGCACUGGGAUGCAGUGCCUUAGACCGCUACGCCACUCGGGAGCCCAACGUCAGGGCAACCAUGUCUGACAGAAAAGCAGUCAUAAAAAAUGCGGACAUGUCGGAGGAGAUGCAGCAGGACGCAGUGGAGUGCGCCACGCAGGCACUGGAGAAGUACAACAUCGAGAAAGACAUCGCUGCAUACAUCAAGAAGGAGUUUGACAAGAAGUACAACCCCACCUGGCAUUGCAUCGUAGGGAGGAACUUUGGCAGCUACGUGACCCAUGAGACCAAGCAUUUCAUCUACUUCUACUUGGGCCAGGUGGCCAUCCUGCUUUUCAAAUCUGGCUAAGCGGCCAGCGGCCCCAGCCCCUUCAACACCAACUGACCAUUAAAUACUGACUCGACAAAGGCUCUAUCAUCCUGGUCAAUGGGGACUGCCUUUUUCUGUGCUGCUUUGUUUAUGAAAGAAAAAAUACAUGGCCAUGUGAGAUUAAACACUUGUAUUUAUUUUUGUUUUCUACUACAGUAGAUUUGAUGUCACCGGUUUUUAUUUUUAUUAAAGCGAUAUUGUUUGGC